AUGCCACGCAAACACAGCAAAACAGCCUUCUCAUCCGCCGAUCCAACAACAACAAUCACCCUCCCCGCCGAAGAAAUCCCCACCCCCAAAACCUUCACCGACGGCCUCCCCCUCCCCAAACUCUUCGUCUUCGACCUCGACUACACCCUCUGGCCCUUCUGGGUAGACACGCACCCCACGCCCCCACUAAAGAAAUCCACCGACGGCGGACUCACAGUCAAAGACGCGCACGGCGGGCGCCACGGUUUCUACAACGAGGUCGCGGGCGUGCUGACGGCGAUCAAAUCGCGGGGCUUCCAGCUCGGCGCUGCGAGUCGGACGUGCACGCCUGAUCUUGCGAGGCAGAUGCUCACGUACCUCAGUAUUCCGUGGGAGGGCACGGCGCAGCCGGCGGUGGAGUUGUUCGAUUACCUUGAAAUGUAUCCCGGGAGCAAGACGACGCAUUUCCAGCGAAUACAAAAGCGGAGUGGAGUGCCUUAUGAGGAGAUGCUGUUCUUCGACGACGAGAGUCGCAAUCGUAACGUCGAGGAGCUGGGUGUGACGAUGCAGUUGGUGCGAGACGGCGUCACGCGGGCUGAGGUCGACAAAGGGGUGGAGAGCUGGAGGAAGAGGAAUGGAAGGACAUGA